UACGCCGGCCUGCUGCUUCCUAAUACGACGAUCUUGGGGGAUGGGAACAUAAAGACUGCACUUACAGCUCUGCGUGACAUAGGUCCGUAUGUUGCCAAGACUGUAACCGAUAACUUAACGGUGAAGGGAUACGUCUUUUGUUACGGAGAACUACUCUCACAGAAAGAGCUCCUUGGGAAAAUGGAAGAACUUUUGGGAGAGAAGGUCGAGAGAAAAUACGUACGUCCUUUUCGUGUCCUCCACUCCUUGGCCAAACGAUGAAUGACGAAAGACUGACUUUUCCUCGCCAUCCAAAUAGCGCCUGACCAACUCCUCGCCCUCUGCCAUAUCACCAAAGCGUCGUUUGGAUACGACCUCUCCAAUCUGAAUCAAGCCAUGGUCAUCGUGGGCUUGCAAUAUCGCUACAGCAUGUACAUGCACAGCGACAAUGAUCUUGAGUACGCAAAGUACUUGGGAUAUCUCGAUGCUCGCGAAAUGUAUCCUGACUUGGUGCUUUUGUCGUUUGACACGUAUGCGAAGGAGCUGUUGGAUGGGAAGGCGGCGGCGAUUUAUGAGGGAAUGAGUAUCCAGCCUUGGUGACACUGAACUGCGAAUAUCAGGCAGACUUCGGACUGAGUAUUCCGUAGACUAUAGUCAACACGAUGUGAAAUACUUCAUGUUAUCGGUGUUAUUGGCUUUGAAUAUCUGCUCUGUUACUCAAUCUGUGGAAUGGCGGAGUUUCGAAGGGAGGUCGUUGAGGCAGUAUCUAUGCCUUGUAGACUUGAAGAGAAAGUGCAACUUGAAGACUGGAGAGAGAGUCAAGAG